AUGUCCACCCGCUCAAUACGAAAACCGCGACGAUCAGCCCCGGAGAUCCCCGAUGCGGCCGUGCAGCAUGCAGCCGCUGCAGCUGCAGCUUCCCGGGCAAUGCGCUCAAGUCAAAACUCGUCUCAGGAGUCGAAGAACUCAUACGAACGACUAGGAGGUCCAGGAAAUGUGGCCAUCCCUCGAAGGCGUACCGGAUCGAGUCUUCGGAGCACUGAUGAUAGCUCGUCGGUUGGCCAGGCCGACCUACCCAAGGUUCCAAAUCCUCGUCACUCCAAAGAAUCGAGCGGCGUAUCAGCUCGAGCGCAUUGCUUCGAUGACCCUGCCGCCCUUCCGCCAAUCACGGAACUCGAUGGACUUGAUGGACGAGACAGCUCAGUUCCCUCGUCAUACCGCCGAUUGCGCAAGGCCAAGUCAAUGUUCUCAACCAGGCAGCGAACUUCACAGACCCCAUAUGGAGUGCCUCCCCUUCCUUGCGGUGAUCCUCUUGAUCCUGAGCGCAGUCCUGGAUUCCAGCUGCCACGAACAAUGAGACGAUCCAUGUCUUUCCUUCGAGGAAGCUACCAAUCCACACAAGUCGAUCCAACUGCUAAGGGUCAUGAUGCAGCUAUUCAGCUUGCUCGUAGUCAAUUCGCUCAGGAUCCCGACGGUAGAAGUGUUCAACCUCGCCGGUCAUCUUUCUUACUCAGACGCAAGAGGGAGCACAGGCCGUUUCGAAAGUCAUUCCGGGCCACAAGUGAAGGUGGCGUCGAUACCGGGCUUUCUCAUAAAUCCCGGUCUUUUUCAAGUUCCAUCAAAAACAAAUUCAGACGUGUGUUUGGGUUUUCCAGGCUCGCCGAUCAACCUACGCCACAUGGUACCCCAAAUGGCGCUGAGGUGCUCGCCGGAACUCCCAUUGGGAAAAUCACGGAGGGAUACUCUCCACACAAACUUGCAGCCACUGAAGACGGCAUUGAUUCUAACUAUUUCCAGGCAAUGCCCCAGUCUCCCAGCCACGAUAGUCUCUGCACUUCCAAGUCGCGCGUCACCAGUUGGGCUGAUUCAACCACGCCGAACACAGUUACUACCCGGAAGCCAGGACAUCGCCAAUCUCUUUCUUUGAUCCGAGAGGACGGGAACCUGGAUCAGCAACUACCACGAACUCCUACUAUGGAUGAUACGGCAAAUCAAUCUCCUUUGGGCGUGAGAGCAAGCCCUCACCGAAUUAGCAUUGUCGACAGUCAAGAUUUGUACACUGCGUUGAUGAAACAAAUGGGCCAAAAUUCCCUGUCUGAUCCCGACGAGGAGAUGGUCUUUGGCAGAGUAUCGCAGCAUCGUGUGAUUCCAGAGCGGACGAGUUCGGUCUACUCCCAACAUGGCCGACGCAGUAUCCGCCAUGUCGCAAGCCAAGAAUGCUCAACCUCGCCUGGUUCAUUCGCAACCGCGCGUGAUGGUGAUCAAUCCAGUCCACGAAAGUAUCCGCGCUCAGCUAAGUCGAUGCAAUUUUCUCGGGGUGUGCCGUCUCGGGUGAAAAAUCAACAUAUGACUGCUAUUUCAGACAAAAGAUCGCCGCAAUCGACGUACGCUUUGAGCGAGGAAUCGGAUGAGGAUGAUGGUAGCGUUAUUGUCUCUCGCACUCGGGCCUCGAAAAGGGAUAUUGUUUCCCCAAGUAUCUAUUCCCGAACCACCAGUGGCAAUACCCCAACAAGAACUGGCAGUGCCGACAUGGACGUCCAUGAUGAACCAGGAACAGCGACCAUCUUCGCUCCACAGCGGACAACAUACAGCUCGCCCAAGCGUGCCAAUCGUGUUUCAUCUUCUACGCCUCAUAAAAACCCCAGUGCAGACUGGCAGCAAUGGAUGAGCUCGCAGAUCGAACGAAUUGAGCAGGCAAGCCCCACAAGGGAACACAUCAGAGAAGAUGCGCAGUACCAAGACGAUGAUGAGUACUUUACCAGCCUAGCUCGACGAGCUCCUGUCGCUGUCUCGGCUCGCUCUUCAGCAGUUGUAAAGGUUCAAGACAGCCAAAGUAUCACUGAGCGCAAAGCCUCCACUGAGAACAAAGUCCCGUCACAGAGCAAUUUCUCCCGACCAUUGAUCCAGGCUUCCGGCAUGCGAACCGUCGUGCCAUUGCAGACAACUAAGUCAGAAAAUGUGCCGCAGGCUCACGCUAACUCAUUGUCCAUGGACACCGCUACCAAGGCUGGCGAGAACAUUUCACCCAAGCCAAUCCCCGUUGCUUGCAAUCAAGAACCGUCGCCAAUCCGACUGAGAUCUGGGAACAUGCAGCCGCCAGAGUCCCCAACCCCCAAGGGAGUGGGAGCGAAGCGAUCCUGGACCAAAGAGCAACAGCGACGCUAUUCAGCCAGGCGUGCUCCAAUCGCUCAAGAUGGUAGGAUCAACCAUUUCCGGUCUAUGCGCACCCAACGAGAUAACCGUGCAAACAAUGAGAACGCGAGGCAGCGGGAUGAGUAUAGUGACAUGAUGGAGAGCUACCACCAACUUCAGGACAUUCAUUCCACGAUCUCUAGCAAGCGUAUGGUGGAUAUGUUCUUGGACAGUCGCCGUCGGCAAAUGGGUGAAAUCACUGACAACAAUACAACCACAGAGGCUUUUCUUUGA